AUGAAGACAGCCACUAUUGCUUCAGUCCUCGCGUUUGGCUUCACCGCAACCGUCAAUGCUGAUUGCUUCUCCGGCGGCAAUCUCUGGGGCGACAUAGCCGUGGCAGUUGGCAAGGCUAGCGACGCUUGCAACAAGAUUGGCAGUGUCACCUUCGCGCCCGGCGAAACUAAGAGAGUAUGUGAGAACGCCGCCGAUGGCAAAACAAAGUUUGAGUUCCUGGUCCAAAACAUUGCAUCCACCACGCAGACCCUCCAGACCAACAAUUGUAACGAAGGCCUGGGGAGGGAGAUUCGCGGAUGCAAGAAUGGUGGCGACAGCAACGAUGGCACAUUCCGCUUUGUUGGCGAUCCCAAUGAUGGAUCUUGCCCCCUCUAA